ACUACUGUCGACGUCUACGAUACGAGCUGCUGCUGGACCAGGUGCAUGUGUUUCUCAGGGGUCGUCUUUCUCCCCAUCAAUGAGGAGAUUCCACGUUUGGUUUUCAGACCCUACCUACUUGCUGUAGGAGUACGGCGAGACAAGGUCGAGAUGCAUUGGAGCCUUUGCAACUUCGGAUGUGCUCCAGGACUCAGGCGGGAAAACACCUCGCAUUCCUCUCUUGGACAAUUCGCCACCAGCGCUUCCAGCAGCACGUGGAUUCUCUCGUCUACGCGCAGUUUCAAGGUGGUUUCAUUCCAACACGUGCAGCGUUGGAAUUGACAGCUGCGGUGCGACGGGCGCUCGUAACCGUUGCACCGUCACGAGCCUCAUCGUCUUCACACGCAUCGACGUUGCGGAUCCAGCUCCACUCUCAGCCAGAGCAUCGAGGCGCGACCGUGACCCAGACAGAUCUUGCAGCUCGGGUGAUCCACCAACAAGCAGGUCAGCAUCCGGCAGCCCAUCUACCCAAAACACUUUGCUCCUUUUUUCACCCACGGGCACGCCGCACCGGUUUUCGACCUAGCGCGCCUUCACACCCACCACCCUCGAUUUCGCCUCCGCCGGUCUCCCGUCCCAUUUAUAAAACUCGCCGUUCCCACUCCACUUCUCCCAAGACUCCACCUCAACUUCGAACUCUCGACACACUUCACAUCCCAACACCACCACCACCACUCUUCUUUACUCUUACCCACCUCCAAACACCUCACAAUGGACUACUCCGCUCCUCCCGCUCGUGGCUGCUACAACUGUACGUCAAACCUUUCCCAAGUACACCCUCUGCGGUGUACCCUACACACUUCGCCUGUCGCACAAAAGCCGCACGAAAAAUUUCGCAUUAAGCUCUCACAUACAGCGGGGACGGUUCGUUGAGCUGUAGAUCCGUGUGGAGUCGUCCAGAUGUACCUGGACGAGGGGUCUUGAUCGCGCACCGGGCGCAAGCGUCUAGGCGCGAGCGCACGGGAACCGACCGAGACCAUCAAUUCUCCGAUGUGACCUUUUGUGAAGAAACACCUCCAAUACUCGCAAUUCUGCGUCUCCCAGCCCAGAAU